CCCCGGGGAGGAAAGAAGGGUAAGUGGGGAAACAGAGAGUCAUAAGUUAAGGUCUGACUGGCUGAAAUUGACUUUUCUGGACAAAGCAGCCUGACUGAUUAAUAGUGUCUUUGCGGCCUGCUGGCAGAUGGCGGUGCAGGUGAUGGAUGAGACAGGUGACGGAUUAGAGAAGGCAGCAGAGAAGACUCACCGACGGCACUGAGAGCACAGAUCUUUAACAGCCAUCAUCAUCAUGUCAAAAGUAUUCAAGAAGACCAGCGGGAAUGGAAAUCUUGCCCUGUACUUGGGGAAGAGAGACUUUGUAGACAAUGUGGACUCUGUGGAAUUAGUUGAUGGGAUAGUUAAAGUGGACCCUGCUGGCCUUAAUGGCAAAAAAGUUUUUGUCUACCUUGCCUGUGCCUUCCGUUACGGAAGUGAGGACUUGGAUGUCAUUGGACUCUCAUUCAGGAGAGACAUCUGGAUAAAGCGAAUGCAGGUUUACCCAAUUACAGAUGGAAAUACAGCUAAAACACCAAUGCAGGAGUCCCUCAUGAAGAAGGUUGGAGAGCAAGGAUGUCCCUUCUCCUUUCAGAUGCCAACAAAUCUCCCAUGCUCAGUCUCUUUACAACCUGGACCAGGUGACUCUGGCAAGGCUUGUGGUGUGGACUUUGAGGUUAAAGCAUACAUUGCCAAUGAACAGCUGAAUAUAGAUGAGGUCAUUGAAAAGAAGAACACUUGCCGUCUCAUGAUUCGCAAAAUACAGUUUGCACCAGCAAACAACACGGCUGGACCGAAAACUGACCUAUCCAAGCAGUUUAUGAUGAGUGACAAGCCCAUUCAUUUGGAGGCCUCCCUUGAAAAGGAGACUUACUACCAUGGAGAUCCAGUCACUGUCAACGUAAAAAUCAACAAUGAAACCACCAAGACUGUGAAGAAAAUCAAAGUAUCAGUUGAGCAGUUAACAAGUGUUGUCCUCUACUCCUCUGACACUUACACCAAGGAUGUCUGUGCUCAGGAGUUUGGAGAGACCAUUGCUGCCAAUGCCACGUUUGAGAAAUCCUUUCAGGUUACACCACUCCUGUCCAGCAAUAAGGAGAAGCGAGGCAUUGCAGUUGAUGGAAGGCUAAAAGAUGAAGACACCAACUUGGCAUCCACAACACUGAGUCAAGGAGACAAGGAGAUGCAGGGAAUCAUUAUCUCCUACAAAGUCAAGGUUGCUGUAACAGUGUCUGGAGGAGGCCUGCUGGGUGGUCUGACAGGAAGUGAUGUUGUUGCGGAGCUCCCUUUGAUUCUGAUGUCUCCAAAACCUGCAGGGCAGACAUCACAGUUGAGCCCGUGGAGGGAUAAGAAAAGGAAAAUCCUUUCUCUGAUGGAGAAAACAGAACACAAAGGAACUCAGGACCAACAAAAAGAAACACCAAGUGGCAUACACAUGUUUCAGUGGUCUUAUUUUCCCUGUACAUAUUUAUUUUUAUUGAAAUCACUAUGAGAGCUCUAUCACAGAAAAACUGAGGGACAUUUUUCUGAAUGUCAGAACAGGUUUAUAUAAAAUUAAAUAUGUACUGCACAUUUGUUAAAAUAAAUGUCCCACUCUCACACUUUAGACUAGACCUUCCAACACAUUUUAGAAACUGGACUUACAGACUUUCAUUUAUGCUUAAUAUUUAUUGUUGUGUCAUUGGAGCAAUAAGAAAUGAUGAAUGAAAUUCCAGCUGUGGGAUGAUACCCUCAAAAUAUUCAUCACCCUAUAAGGACGUUUAAAUAAACACAGUUCCCCAAAAUACUCACUUGUCUUUUUUUCUUUUGAAAGUAAUUUUGUUCUUUUGAAAGUAUUUUUGCAUUCAUUUCAACAACCUGCUAAAUCACAAAAAUGCAAAACUUAUAUAUAUAAAAAAAAAAUCAGUCAUGAAGUCAUCAUUUGGCUAAAAAGAACAAAAUAUUGAGUGCAUAGUUUUAAUAAAACAGUACUCAGAUUCAAUUGAUUCAAUUCAAUUCAGAAUAAUUUCUAUAGUGCCACUUCACAACAUAGUCAUAACUUUAAGAGAGAUUCAAUUUCUAUACCAUUCUUUUUAGUCCAGCUAAAUUUUAAU